AAGGCCAAGAGAACGGUCGAAAUCGUCGGAAAGUACGGACACUGGAAUCUCAAACUGUGCCCAGUGCGACAAGGUCGUCGCCGGAGGAGCCUACGUCUACGGAACCGUCACUGCGGCUACCGUCAGAUCCACCAUCGGAAGACUGAGAGAUCUUAAAGAAUAA